UAUUUUUAUUAUUUUUUUGGAGAAAAAAAAAAUAAGAAUAAGAUCCCCCUGGUUGACGGUGAUACUCCCACGGCAUUUGGAAAGAUCAGCUACAGUCAUCGUCCAAAGAGGUGUGGUUGCGCCAGACUCACCCACCCCAGAACUUGCAUUGGCACACACAUCCUUGAGCGUGGAGAGCUGAAAAUAAGCUGUUUUAUAUAUAACUAAGACAAGAUGCCGGAAGACGUUGAGGCAAAUGGGACAGAGGUCUCAGAUGCUAUGUCCGAGAAUGAGAACGAGUACGACGAUAUGGAACAACCUAUCAAGGACGAAGAUAUCAAACUGGCUGACCAAAACACUUCUCCUGAGCCUGGAACUGAGCAGUCAGGAGAAGUCAAGAAGAAGUACGAUCCUAAAGAUCCACAUCGUCCAAGGAGAAAGAAAGCUAGACGUGCCUGUUAUGCUUGCCAGAGGGCUCAUUUAACAUGCGGAGAUGAACGUCCUUGCCAAAGAUGUAUCAAGCGUGGUCUUGCUGAUGCUUGCCAAGAUGGUGUACGGAAAAAGGCCAAAUAUCUUCACGAUGCUCCUCCGGAAGCGCUCAGACCCGUUCUUGGGCCGACUUAUAAUCCAGCUGCUCACGCAAAAUCAACCAAUGGAAGACAUCUUUCUAACGGGAAUGCCGAAACUUCACCGUAUUAUUCGGAGGCUUCCAACUCUUCAACCUACUCUAUAUAUGGUGGUAAUCCUCAAGGCCAGAUGGCAUCUUUGCCAGAGAAUAUGACUUUCGGUGGACAGCAAUCUCCGGUAACUCCUGGGUAUCAGCCGUCGAGUACGUCUAGGGCAGCGCAAAUAGGUUCCAUGCAUGUUCCUCAGGUGUCUAGUGAGAUGAAUAAUAGCUUUUCUACGGCUUUAUUCGAUCCAAGCAACCCGGCAAUUUUCAACUUCGACCUUGAAGGCCUUAACUUUGGAAGUCACUAUGGCGCUCUCGAAUUUGGAAUGCUUGGCCAUAUGUCUUCCGGAGCUGCGGAAACACCACCUAGAGACGCCAUAGCCCAACCUCCUGGGACGGAUGUCAACUAUGGACCCACGGCAGUAUACCGAAAUGGGGUCAACCAAUAUAACCAGGUAUACGAAAACGGCAUGGCUGAAAACUUCAUGAAUGUUGACCCGAGCAACGGCGGUGCAUAUCCAGGUAACUUGCAGCAUGGUCUGCCUCACGCGUAUGCCGUAGCGGCUGCUGGGCCCACGCCAAAUAGCUUGGCUAGUCCCAGCACAGAUAAUACAUCUAGUCCGCAACCUACAGGUUAUUCCUUCGAUAAAUCACCAACGGCAAGCACAUACACGCCUGCAAGCUCUCAACCAAUCGUUCAACCUACGAGGCCGAAACCGAAGUCUUCGAACUCAACUAGCCGGUUUGGACCCCAAUCUGUCCUAGGUAAACGACAUCGCGAUCCGUCUGCGAUCUACGAUACUGUCACGGAGCCUUAUCCAUACCUUACUGGGUUUCACAAUUUGAUCGCGUUCGUCCAGCGAAGAUUUUCCGCCAACAAAACUCUACGCAUCGCCAAAUCACUUGCCAGUAUCCGACCUUCGUUUAUUUCCUGUACGCGGAACCUCAAUAGGCAAGAUCUUAUUUUCAUGGAAAAAUGCUUGCAACGGACGCUAUUCGAGUAUGAAGACUUCAUGGGGCACUGCUCAGCGCCAACCAUUGUUUGCCGAAGGACAGGGGAGGUGGCGGCCGUCAACAAGGAAUUUGUUGCGCUGACUGGGUGGACCAAGAACAUUCUACUGGGUAAAGAGCCCAACAUGAACGCCAAUAUUGGUCGAUCGGGAUCCGAGUUGAGUAGCCUCGGCAGCACAGGCAAGCCAGAAUACGCCACCCCGCGAUUAAGAACAGUCCAACCCGACCUAGGAAAAGCCUCGGAAGGCAAGACACAACCGGUUUUCAUUGCCGAGUUCAUGGACGACGACAGCGUUAUUCAAUUCUACGAGGAUUUCGCUCAGUUGGCAUUUAACGAUAGCCGCGGCCACGUGACAAGGAAGUGCCGACUACUCAAAUAUCGAACAAAGGAAAUGAGCGAAUGCUUGAGCAGUGAUGAGUCAUCUCCCCACAAGGACCGAAGAGCCAACAAUAGUAUCCUGAGCAAUAGAGUUGCUAGGAUAGAUGGGGAGCAUGGGAUAUCUAAGCUGGAGAAGGACGGCAAGAUUGACUGCACGUUCUGCUGGACUAUUAAACGUGACGUUUUCGAUAUACCAAUGUUGAUUGUUAUGAAUUUCCUACCAUGUUACUACCGCAACCAGGACCAAUUGGCUGUAUAGGGGUUAUAGGGGGUUGCCGAUUCAGUUGGAUGCACGAUAUAGACGCAUGCAUGAUUUUGGGUUCUUUUUAUUCUCUUAGCACACACGGAGCCUAUUGUCAGCAUGGGCGGCGUUUUGGACGGGGCUCGCAUUUUAGAGCUCCUCUCCCCUUACCGGGAGCUGGUCACAUCAUGCAUGUAUCUCACGGACUUAUACAAGGUAGAUAGACAAGGGAU